AUGGCGACUACAUCGAAUAUGUUCAUGUAUUCCUUGACGCUACAGAACCCAACAGCUGUAACGCAAGCUAUACUCGGACAAUUCGCAGGUACAAAAGAGCAACAGAUUGUGACCGCUUCCGGUUCGAAGCUUACCCUUCAUCGCCCGGACGCCGCUCAAGGCAAAGUCACCCCUAUAUACACGCAAGAUGUCUUUGGUAUCAUAAGGUCUCUCGCGGCUUUCCGGCUGGCCGGAAGUAACAAAGAUUACAUCAUCAUUGGGUCAGAUUCGGGUCGUAUCACCAUCAUUGAGUACGUGCCGUCACAGAACAGGUUCAACCGCAUCCAUUUGGAGACAUUUGGAAAGUCGGGUGUUCGACGAGUAAUUCCUGGCCAGUACCUUGCGGUGGAUCCCAAGGGGCGAGCUUGUCUCAUAUCUUCUGUGGAGAAGAACAAACUUGUCUAUGUUCUGAAUCGUAACUCGCAAGCAGAAUUGACAAUCUCUUCACCUCUCGAAGCACACAAGGCACAGACUCUUGUCUUCGCGCUUACUGCUUUAGAUGUGGGUUACGACAAUCCGAUUUUUGCCGCCAUUGAGGUUGAUUAUUCCGAAUCAGACCAGGAUCCCACAGGCCGAGCAUACGAGGAAGUUGAAAAACAACUUGUAUACUACGAGCUUGAUUUGGGUCUGAACCAUGUGAUUCGCAGAUGGUCAGACGUUAUACAUCGGACUUCAAACAUAUUGUUUCAGGUUCCCGGAGGCGCUGAUGGUCCCAGUGGUGUUCUUGUCUGCGCUGAAGACAGUAUCACGUAUCGGCACUCCAACCAGGAUGCAUUCCGUGUGCCAAUACCCCGUCGCAACGGCCCUACCGAGAAUCCUGAACGGAAGCGAUCCAUUAUUGCUGGUGUUAUGCACAAAAUGAGAGGCGCUUUCUUCUUUUUACUGCAGACAGAAGACGGUGAUCUCUUCAAGUUGACUAUUGACAUGGUUGAGGAUGAAAAUGGUCAACUCACCGGUGAAGUCAAGAGACUGAAGAUCAAAUAUUUUGACACUGUUCCUCCUGCAGCUAAUCUGCUCAUCUUGAAGAGCGGUUUCUUGUUUGUGGCAAGUGAAACAGGCAACCAUCACUUCUAUCAAUUUGAAAAGCUUGGCGAUGACGAUGAAGAAACAGAGUUCUUGAGUGAUGAUGUUUCCGCUGAUCCAGCCGACUCUGUCAAACCCGUUUACUUCAACUUGAGAGGCGCCGAGAAUUUGAAUCUGGUUGAAAGCAUCAAUUCAUUGAAUCCUAUCAUGGAUUGCAAAAUUACAGACGCUAUCGGAGAAGAUGCCCCCCAAAUUUAUACCAUCUGUGGCACAGGAGCUCGCAGUUCUUUCCGAACCCUCAAACACGGUCUGGAGGUUUCUGAGAUCGUCGAGUCCGAACUCCCUAGUGUUCCGUCCGCCGUAUGGACGACGAAACUUACCCGUAAUGAUGAGUUUGAUGCUUAUAUUGUACUCUCAUUCACAAAUGGAACAUUGGUUCUCAGCAUUGGUGAAACGGUCGAAGAAGUUACAGAUACUGGCUUUUUAUCCACCGCACCAACCUUGGCUGUUCAACAACUUGGCGAAGACUCUUUAAUUCAAGUUCAUCCAAAGGGUAUUCGACACAUUCUUGCUGAUCACCGAGUCAAUGAGUGGCCUGCCCCUCAACAUCGAACAAUUGUUGCUGCCGCUACCAACGAGCGUCAAGUUGCAGUUGCUUUGAGUUCCGGUGAGAUUGUAUACUUUGAGAUGGACACGGAUGGCUCACUGGCCGAGUAUGAUGAAAAACGUCAGAUGUCUGGUACAGUCACUGCUCUGAGCUUGGGCGAGGUGCCUGAAGGCCGUGUCCGAAGCUCUUUUCUCGCUGUUGGGUGUGAUGACUCGACUGUCAGAAUUUUAAGCUUGGAUCCAGACACUACCCUGGAAAACAAGUCCGUCCAGGCCCUGACAUCUGCACCAUCUGCCUUGAACAUAAUGUCAAUGAUUGACUCGACAUCCGGUGGCUCGACGUUGUAUUUGCAUAUCGGACUCUAUUCCGGUGUCUACCUCCGGACAGUGCUUGACGAAGUUACUGGUGAGCUUUCCGACACUCGAACUCGAUUCUUAGGCGCAAAACCAGUGAAGCUGUUUGGAGUAUCCGUCAAAGGCCAGCCUGCUGUCCUUGCUCUCAGCUCUCGUCCUUGGCUAGGGUACUCCGAUGUGCAGACAAAGAGUUUCAUGCUUACAUCCUUGGACUAUGUUAACCUUGAAUGGGGAUGGAACUUUUCCAGUGAGCAAUGCCUGGAAGGUAUGGUUGGAAUACAGGGUCAAAACUUACGGAUCUUCUCCAUCGAGAAAUUAGAUAACAAUGUGUUGCAAGAGUCUAUUCCUCUAGCAUACACCCCACGACACUUUGUGAAGCAUCCAGAGCAGCCUCUAUUCUACGUGAUUGAAUCUGAGAACAAUGUUCUCGCUCCGGCUACACAAGCUCGCUUAUUGGAAGACUCGAAAGCACAGAAUGGUGAAGCCGUGAUUCCUCCAGCAGAGACAUUCGGCUAUCCUCGCGCUACCGGACAUUGGGCUUCUUGCAUUGAAGUUGUAGAUCCUGUCAGUGCUAAAGCUGUUCUUUCGCGUCUUGAACUCGAAGAGAAUGAAUCUGCUGUUAGCAUUGCAGCUGUCUCCUUCGCAAGCCAAGACAAUGAGACUUUCCUUGUCGUCGGCACAGGUAAAGAUGUCGUGACGUAUCCAAGGUCUUUCUCCGCUGGCUUUAUUCAUAUCUACCGUUUCCAAGAAGAUGGCAGGGAAUUGGAGUUCAUUCACAAAACAAAAAUUGAAGAGCCCCCGCAAGCCCUACUCGCGUUCCAGGGACGCUUACUUGCCGGUAUUGGUAAGAAUCUUAGAAUUUACGACCUUGGAAUGAAGCAAAUGCUUCGAAAGUGUCAGGUCGAAGCUGCGCCAAAUCUCAUCGUGGGCCUACAGACGCAGGGUAGUCGUAUCAUUGUCAGCGACGUACAAGAGAGUGUGACUUACGUGGUGUACAAAUAUCAAGAGAACCAGCUCAUUCCAUUCGUCGAUGAUGUUAUUGCACGCUGGACUACCGCCACGACAAUGGUGGAUUACGAAACAACGGCGGGAGGKGACAAGUUCGGUAACCUAUGGCUUGUUCGUUGCCCGAAAAAGGUAUCAGAAGAGUCCGACGAAGACGGUUCUGGUGCCCAUCUCAUCCACGAGCGUUCGUACCUCCAGGGUACAGCGAAUCGAUUGAACCUUAUGGUUCACUACUAUACUCAAGACAUUCCUACAAGUCUCCACAAGACCAACCUGGUUGUUGGUGGAAGAGACAUCCUGGUGUGGACGGGUUUGCAGGGUACUAUCGGUAUUAUGGUUCCAUUCGCCAGUCGUGAGGAUGUUGAUUUCUUCCAAAAUCUAGAGACUCAGCUUGCUUCUCAAAMCCCGCCGUUGGCAGGACGUGAUCAUCUGAUCUACCGAAGCUACUAUGUUCCUUCAAAGGGCGUAAUUGACGGCGAUCUUUGUGAGACCUACUUCCUGCUUCCUACCGACAAGAAGCUCAUGAUUGCUGGUGAACUUGAUCGGAGCGUUCGGGAAAUAGAACGCAAGAUCUCGGAUAUGAGAACCCGUGUGGCUUACUGA